AUGAGUCCAGAAAAAGAAAACCCCCUGAUCGACGAGAGCUUGGCGGCAGAGUCGAAACAGGGGGGGGAUGAUGCUGCGGGUUUGCCCAGUCGGUUGACCCGCUACUCUCGGGCGCAUCAUCGUGCGGUCGAGAUGGCCGAUUAUCUCAGCGAAGCGGGCGAAGUCAAGCUUGGGCGCAACCUCGCGCUCUGCGGGUAUUACCUGCUGUUUCGGGAUUACUACACCGUGGGCAAGGUCCGGCUGCAUGCCGCGAAGUUCUGCCACAAACAUCUGCUGUGUCCGCUUUGCGCGAUCCGGCGUGGCGCUCGCAUGGUCAAGUCGUACAUGGAUCGUCUCGCGGUCAUCAAAGCCGAGAAUCCGCAUCUCAACGCCUACUUGGUCACCUUCACUGUCAAGGAUGGUUCUGACCUGGCUGAACGCUUUGAUCAUCUGCAUCGGAGCAUCGGACGCUUGCAUAAGACUCGCCACGGUAAGGGCCAAUGGUCUGAGGCUCGCAAGGCUUCGGCGGCGGUGUGGUCCUAUGAGUUCAAGCGAGGGCAGGGCAGCGGUGGCUGGCAUCCGCACACACAUGCGGUUUGGCUCUGCGAGGAUGCGCCGGACAUGUACAAGCUGCGUGCCGAGUGGGAAGCCAUUACCGGCGAUUCGUUCAUGGUCGACGUUCGGCCGUUUCACGAUCAGGACGACGUCCUCAACGGCUUCCUCGAGGUUUUCAAGUACGCGGUCAAGUUUGCGGACCUUUCGCUCGAUGACGCUUGGCACGGCUAUCAGACGCUUUCCGGGCGUCGGCUGAUCGCCUCGUUCGGCGCGUUCCGUGGCGUCGAUGUGCCUGAUGACUUGACCGAUGAAGGUCUCGAUGAUCUGCCUUAUGUUGAGCUGCUCUAUCGCUUUGUUCGAGGGGCUGGUUACGAGUUUUCGGAGUCGGGGCCAAGCGCGGAGCGCGAACGGCCAGAGCCGCCUAAAACGCUCGUAGAGCGCGUUUUGCCUCGCGCACGUAGUGCGGCGACAACCGACCAGAAAAAACCGCACUGGAAGCCUGCCAUAGAGCCGGAGAGGUAUCGACGCGCCAAAGGCAGCGACUAG